AUGAGCGCCUUCUCUCAUGGUCUAACAGAAGGGGAAUUCUUUAGGGAUCUCAUCAGAAAUCCCGUAAAGAAUUUCGAUGAGAUGCUGGAGAAGGCGACCAACUACAUCAAUGUGGAGGAAGCACAGGCGGCGCGAAGAAAGAUAGACAAACCUCCUCCCAUAAAUAAGCCUGAGAGAAGAGUACCCCAACCUCCUGCUCAACCUCUCCCGCGGGCUCGGGAAGCCCGACCUACCUUCCACCCCGGUCAGAAUGUCCGACCGAUUCCACAUGUAGCCGCAGUCCAUGCUCCCCGACCUGGAUCUCAGGGGCCGCGCUAUUGCACUUAUCAUCGGUCACAUACACAUGCCACCAGCAAUUGUUUUCAAUUUGCUCGUGACUCUUGUCGUGCUACUGAGCUGGGCCUACCACCCCCCCAAGCUAGCUCCUCAGGUCCAAAGAAUGAUGGAGGAGCGACGCAAUGCAGCGGGACAGGCCAGCCGACCCCUGGCAGAUCAGGGGGGCCAAGCAUGCAGCAACAAGGACACGCCGGGGAGCAAGGAGAAGCUCACGAAGCUGAGAAUCGAGGCAAUGUGGCCAUCCGGGACAUAGGCAUGAUCUCUGGAGGGCCUACUGAUGGAGACUCGGGAAGGGCGCGCAAAUCCCAUGAACGCCGAUUGGAGAUCCACGUUGUUGGAUGCAGUCAGGAGCAGGCUGCUGGCCCUGUCAUCAGCUUUGGGCCACAAGACUUGGAAGGACUGGAGCUGCCUCAUGAUGACGCCCUCAUCAUCAAAGCCAUUAUAGCCAAUAGCCGCGUAGCCAGGGUCUUCGUUGACACCGGGAGCUCUAUUAACGUGUUGUUCAGGACUGCGUUUGAAGAAAUGUAG